AGAUUUUAGCUUUUUUUAAGAUAAAACUCAAAUAUUUGCAACAAUUUUAAUAAAAAAUAAUAAAAAACAAACAAGAACCUUUAAAAAUGGACAUUAUGCAUCCGGAAAAGAAACCCAAAAUGGAUUUGACUGAAGCAGAAAAGAAGAAAGAAGAAACGCCCGGCAUAUGCUAUUGUGGUAAAGAUCGCAACUUAAAUAUCGUAGAACUUCUUUGUGCCAAUUGCAACCGAUGGCAUCAUGAAUCUUGCGUAAGCUAUCAACUGGGCAAGUUGGUUCCGUUCAUAACAAAUUAUGUCUUCAUUUGUAAGAAUUGCUCGCCCAGUGGUCUCGAGAGUUUCAGGAAAACUCAAGCCACUAUUCCUCAAAUGUGCAUCACUGCGAUUGCCAAUAUGCAACAGAACUCAUCUAAGGACGGAAAGAAUCAAUUGCUCUUUAGUAAGGACAAAGAGAUUAUUCCCUAUAUUGAUCAUUAUUGGGAGGCAAUGACUACUAUGCCACGACGUCUCACUACCUCAUGGCAUUCGACAGUUCAACGCGCACUUCUCAAGGACAUUCAAAUUGCCUUCACGUACGAGGAAUCGGUUGAGAAUGGAGCCAUGUUUGGGUUAUUCAACGGAGAUUUAACAAAAAUAAAACCCAAUUACGAUGCAAUGGUUAAACUGGGAGCACUUCGAUUGACAGAAGAUGGCUAUGCACAAGCUUCCCUGGCAAAAAAUAACAGACAGCGCCGAAGGCUACCGGGCAAUGAUUCUGGUACAACAACUAAAAAAGGAAGACCAAGUGCUGAUAUCGCAGCAAAUCUCAAACUACCAGCUCAUGGCUAUCCCCUUGAGCAUCCCUUCAAUAAGGAUGGUUACAGAUACAUCUUAGCUGAACCCGAUCCUCAUGCCCCAUUUAGACAAGAGUUCGAUGAGAGUGCCGAUUGGGCAGGCAAACCUAUUCCAGGUUGGCUCUAUCGAACACUUGUACCAAAUUCGGUACUCUUAGCCCUCCACGACAGAGCACCUCAGUUAAAAAUAGCCGAAGAUCGAUUGGCAGUAACCGGGGAAAAGGGUUAUUCAAUGGUUAGAGCUACGCAUUCUGUGAAUCGUGGGAAAUGGUAUUUUGAAAUAACAAUUGAAGAAAUGCCCGAAGGAUCAGCUACUCGUUUAGGCUGGGGUCAAGAGUAUGGUAACCUUCAAGCUCCCUUAGGUUAUGACAAAUUCGGCUACUCUUGGAGAUCCCGAAAAGGUACUCGAUUUCAUGAGAGCCAUGGAAAACAUUACAGCGAUGCGUACAUAGAAGGAGACACAUUGGGAUUUCUAAUUGAUUUGCCAGAAGUUGAAAAUAAUGAAUAUUUACCAAGCACCUUUAAAGAUAGACCUCUUGUAAAAUUCAAAAGUCAUCUUUACUAUGAGGACAAAGAUCGUGUGCAGGAAACUCUGAAAAAUUUCAAAGCUUUGCCUCAGAGUAAAAUUGAAUUUUUCAAAAAUGGCAAAUCACAGGGUGUUGCAUUUACUGACAUUUAUGCCGGAUCGUAUUAUCCAACUAUUUCGAUUUAUAAAAGUGCCACUGUAAGUGUUAAUUUUGGACCAAAUUUCAAAAGUCCAGAAAUUUUGACUGAGUACAAUGCAAAAGGGAUGUUUGACAGAGUGGAAGAGCUUAUUAGUGAACAGUCCUUAUCAGACUUGUUGUUCCUAACAGAGAACCGGGGAAGGCUAAGAUUGGACAAUUUUGCAAUGUAGGAUAAUUUUGGUUAAAAACUAUGUUUAGGUUUUAAGAUGUUUUGCAAAAAAUAGAGUGGUUUUAGUUUUAUGUAAAAAUGAUGACAAGAGAAAUUAACAAUAUUUUAAGAAACAAA